UUGUCAUUUUACCGGCGUACAACGAACGCUGAUGGUCCCACAUGACAAACUCAAUCUCAUCAAGUAAUCUGAGGACUCAGAAGUUGAAUUUUCCUCCGUACACAGUGUAUUUUCAUAUGUGAAUCUAUUUGUUGAUGGAAACUUGAAUUAUCAUACGAUCUCGUCUGAUAAGCAUCAUAUUUAUGUGAUAUAUAUACAAUUUCAUAUCCAAUAACACACACAUUAUGGGGUCGUUGAAGAACGAUGAUGAAUUGGAGAUGGUCGGCGAAGAGUGCAAGGAAGCAAUUUUGUACGUCAACGGCGUUCGUCGAGUACUACCUGAUGGAUUGGCUCACAUGACUCUACUUGAGUAUCUCAGAGAUGUCGGUCUGACGGGGACAAAGCUGGGCUGUGGUGAAGGUGGCUGUGGGGCUUGCACCGUGAUGAUUUCUUAUUAUGACCAAAAUCUGAAGAAAUGUUGGCAUUAUGCUAUCAAUGCAUGCUUGGCUCCUCUGUAUUCUGUGGAAGGGAUGCAUGUAAUUACAAUUGAGGGAAUUGGAAAUCGCAGAAAUGGCCUGCAUCCAGUUCAGGAAUCAUUAGCAAUCUCUCAUGGUUCACAAUGUGGAUUUUGUACUCCUGGUUUUGUUAUGUCCAUGUAUGCAUUAUUAAGGUCAAGCCAAACACCACCUAGUGAAGAGCAGAUUGAAGAAAGCCUUGCUGGAAAUUUGUGUCGAUGCACUGGUUACAGACCAAUUGUUGAUGCCUUUCGAGUCUUUGCGAAAACAAAUAAUAUGCUAUACGUUGAUGAAUCACCAAUGAACCUUCCUAGGGGUGAGUUUGUUUGUCCUUCAACUGGUAAGCCAUGUUCAUGUGGAUCAAAAAUUGCAUGCAAAGAAGACUCUAUUAUGGAAAGUGUGGCUUGUGGCAAUGCGCACAGGCCUGUCUCUUACAAUGACACUGAUGGCAGUGCAUACACCACCAAAGAGCUCAUUUUCCCUCCUGAGCUGUUACUGAGGAAACUUACUUAUUUAAAUUUGAGUGGAUUUGGUGGGCUUAAGUGGUAUCGGCCCUUAAGACUUCGACAUGUAUUAGACUUGAAAGCAAGAUACCCAGAUGCAAAAUUGGUGGUAGGUAACACUGAGGUAGGAAUCGAAAUGAGGUUGAAAAGAAUUCAGUAUCAGGUUUUGAUCUCUGUCAUGCAUGUACCUGAACUAAAUAAGUUGAGUGUGAAGGAUGAUGGCUUGGAAAUUGGUGCUGCAGUAAGACUGUCAGAACUUCUGAAAAUUUUUAGAAAGAUAAUAAAAGAGCGUGCUGCUUAUGAGACUUCAUCCUGCAAGGCUUUCAUUGAACAGAUAAAGUGGUUUGCAGGGACCCAGAUAAAAAAUGUUGCAUCUGUUGGUGGGAAUAUCUGUACUGCCAGUCCGAUAUCAGACUUGAAUCCUCUCUGGAUGGCUGCUGGAGCAAAGUUUCAAAUCAUUGAUUGCAAAGGAAAUAUCAGAACGACCGCGGCGGAAAAUUUCUUCCUGGGUUACCGGAAGGUUGAUCUGACUGGUGGUGAAAUUUUACUUUCAAUAUUUUUACCCUGGACUCGGCCGUUUGAGCAUGUGAAAGAGUUUAAGCAGGCUCACCGAAGGGAUGAUGAUAUUGCAAUAGUAAAUGCUGGAAUGCGUGUUUGUCUUGAAGAAAAGAAUGAAAACUGGGUAGUUUCAGGUGCAUCAAUUGUUUAUGGGGGGGUAGCUCCUCUUUCUCUUUCUGCAUUAAAAACAAAGGAUUUUCUUAUUGGGAAGAAUUGGAACCAGGAGGUGUUACAGGGUGCUCUGAAAACUUUGGAGGAGGACAUUUUGCUCAAGGACAAUGCACCUGGUGGGAUGGUGGAAUUCAGGAAAUCUUUAACUCUUAGUUUCUUCUUCAAGUUUUUCUUGUGGGUUUCUCAUCAAAUGGAAGGGAAGAAAUACUUUACGGAGAGUGUACCAUUGUCUCAUCUAUCAGCUGUACAACUGUUCCACCGGCCAUCCGUUAUUGGAAGUCAGGACUUUGAAAUUACAAAAUAUGGGACAGCUGUGGGACUUCCUGACAUUCACCUUUCUGCAAGACUUCAGGUUACAGGGGAGGCAGAAUAUACUGAUGACACAGCACUAACUCCUAAUGGUUUACAUGCUGCUUUGAUAUUAAGUAGAAAACCUCAUGCUCGUAUUCUUUCAAUAGAUGAAUCAGGAGCCAAGUCUUCACCAGGUUUUGCAGGCAUAUAUUUUGCUAAAGAUGUCCCAGGUGAUAAUAUCAUUGGGCCAGUUAUUGCAGAUGAGGAACUUUUUGCUUCAGAAUUUGUCACUUGUGUGGGUCAGGCCAUUGGAGUGGUGGUUGCUGAUACACACGAAUGUGCAAAACUAGCAGCAAGAAAGGUUCAUGUUGAGUAUGAAGAUCUCCCAGCAAUCUUAUCGAUACAGGAUGCCCUCAAGUCUGGGAGUUUCCAUCCUAAUACAGAGAGAUGUUUGAGGAAAGGGGAUGUGGAACUUUGUUUCCAAUCAGGUAAAUGUGACAAGAUCAUUGAAGGGGAGGUCGAAGUAGGAGGUCAGGAGCACUUCUACUUGGAGCCACAGAGCAGUUUAUUAUGGACAAUGGAUGGUGGGAAUGAGGUUCAUAUGAUUUCUUCCACUCAAGCCCCGCAAAAGCACCAAAAGUAUGUUUCUCAUGUUCUUGGUCUUCCAAUGUCAAAAGUAGUUUGUAAAACCAAGAGAAUUGGUGGUGGAUUUGGCGGGAAGGAGACUAGGUCAGCUUUUCUUGCUGCUGUGGCUUCAGUUCCAUCAUAUCUGUUGAACCGGCCAGUGAAAUUAACAUUAGACAGGGAUAUAGACAUGAUGACAACUGGGCAGCGCCAUAGCUUUCUUGGGAAGUACAAGGUUGGAUUUACUAGUGAUGGGAAGGUGCUUGCGCUGGAUCUUGAAAUCUACAAUAAUGCUGGAAAUUCACUUGACCUAUCUCUUGCAGUACUUGAACGUGCUAUGUUUCAUUCUGAUAAUGUCUAUGAGAUACCGAAUGUCAGGGUUAGUGGAAGGGUUUGCUUCACUAAUUUCCCCAGUAACACUGCAUUCCGAGGAUUUGGUGGUCCUCAAGGUAUGCUGAUUACUGAAAAUUGGAUUCAGAGAAUCGCCAUGGAGCUUAAGAAAAGCCCAGAAGAGAUUAGGGAAAUUAAUUUUUUAGGUGAAGGAACAAUAUUGCAUUAUGGACAAGAAAUUCAACACUGUACUCUACAGCGGCUUUGGAAUGAAUUGAAGUCAUCUUGUGACUUUUUGAAGACUCAAAAAGAAGUCAAAAAUUUUAAUCUUCAGAACCGGUGGAAAAAGCGUGGAGUUGCAAUGGUACCAACAAAAUUUGGUAUUUCCUUCACAACGAAGUUCAUGAACCAGGCAGGUGCUCUUGUUCAAGUUUACACAGAUGGAACUGUGUUAGUUACACACGGGGGUGUUGAGAUGGGGCAAGGUUUACACACCAAAGUUGCUCAGAUUGCUGCUUCUUCCUUCAAUAUUCCUCUCAGUUCUGUGUUUAUAUCAGAGACAAGUACCGACAAGGUUCCUAAUGCUUCACCAACAGCAGCUUCCGCUAGCUCUGAUAUGUAUGGAGCUGCAGUUUUAGAUGCUUGUGAGCAAAUAAAAGCACGGAUGGAGCCUAUUGCCUCAAAGCAUAAUUUUACUUCUUUCGCGGAGCUGGCAAAUAUGUGCUACAUGGAGAGAAUAGAUCUUUCGGCCCAUGGAUUUUACAUUACACCUGAUAUUGGGUUUGACUGGAAAACUGGUAAAGGGAACCCCUUCAGAUACUUCACCUAUGGGGCUGCAUUUGCCGAGGUUGAAAUUGACACACUGACUGGCGAUUUCCACACAAGGUCGGCAAACAUCUUCAUGGAUCUUGGAUAUUCUGUCAAUCCAGCCAUUGACAUUGGCCAGAUUGAAGGAGCAUUUGUUCAAGGUUUGGGAUGGGUAGCCUUGGAAGAGCUAAAAUGGGGAGAUGCUGCUCAUCCGUGGAUUCCACCCGGCUCCUUGUACACCUGUGGUCCUGGAAGUUACAAAAUUCCUACUCUGAAUGAUGUUCCCUUCAGAUUUAGUGUUUCACUUUUGAAGGGUGCACCAAAUGUCAAGGCCAUUCAUUCAUCUAAAGCUGUUGGUGAGCCUCCCUUUUUCCUUGCUUCGGCCGUCUUUUUCGCCAUAAAAGAUGCCAUUAUAGCUGCGAGAGCAGAAGUGGGAUGUAAUGCCUGGUUUCCUCUUGAUAACCCGGCAACACCGGAACGUAUCCGGAUGGCUUGUACAGAUGAAAUUAUCAAAUCAAUUGCUAGCUAUGAUUUCCGCCCCAAGCUUAGUGUUUGAUGCGACUUGUAAUCUUUUUUGUUGGGGGGAUCUGUAUUUAGAAAUCCACUGCUGGCAUAUUAUGUAUCCAUUGUGUAUAUUUGCCUGCAAAUCUAGCAAGUCCUGUGUAACAAAUGUGAAAUGGAUUAUUCUCAAAUAAGCAAAUGUAAAGUCUAAUAUUACGAGCCUUUUUUUUUUUUUUUUGAAGUACUACUAGGCUACAACCAUUGGUAUUUAUCAAAGCAAUUAUAAGCUAUUGACA